AUGUCUCCUGUUGCCAUUGCCAGCCCGCACCCGAACGGGAACGGGGACGCGGCGCCCGUCCGCCCGCUGCAUCGGGGCAUCUACGUGCCCACGGUGGCCUUCUUCGACCCGGAGACGGACGAGCUGGACCCCAAGGCCACGGCGCGGCACGCCACCCGUCUGGCGGGCUCCGGCAUCGCGGGCCUCGCGGUGCAGGGCUCCAACGGCGAGGCGGUGCACCUGCUGUCGCACGAGCGCUCCCUCGUCACCAAGACGACGCGCGCGGCGCUCGAUGCCGCGGGCCACGCGGACAUGCCUCUGCUCGUGGGCUGCGGCGCGCAGUCGACCGUCGAGACGAUUGCGCUGUGCCGGCAGGCGGCCGCCGACGGGGGCGACUACGCGCUCGUCCUGCCGCCGAGCUACUACAACGGCCUGUUCGCGGCGGGCAACGCGACGAUCCUCGACUACUUCACGGCCGUGGCCGACGCGUCGCCCAUCCCCAUCAUCGUGUACAACUACCCCGGCGCGACGCCCGGCAUCGACAUCAACUCGGACGGGCUCAUCGAGCUCAGCCGGCACGCCAACAUCGCCGGCUGCAAGUUCACCUGCGGCAACACGGGCAAGCUGGGCCGCGUCGCCGCCGCGGUACGGCGCCAGCAGCGCGAGACGUCGGCAGCAGCAGCAGCCGGUCAGGGAGAGGCACAAGGCUUCCUGUGCUUCGCGGGGUCGGCCGACUUCACCGUCGCGGCGCACGCGGCGGGCGCGGCGGGCGUCAUCGGCGGGCUGGGCAACGUGGCGCCGCGGAGCUGCGUGCGGCUGUUUGAGCUGUGCGAGCAAAAUGCCAGCGGCGAGCGCGCGGCGGACGAGGUGGACGCGGUGCAGGAGGUCCUGGCGCGCGGCGACUGGGUGUGCAUCCAGACGGGCGUCUUGGGCGUCAAGGAGGCGCUGCGGGCGUUUUACGGCUAUGGCGGUUGGGCGCGGAGGCCGCUGCCGAGACCGAACGAGGCGGCGAGGGAGAAGAUUGUCGAGGGGCUGCGGGAGCUGGCGGACAUGGAGAAGGAGCUUGAGGCCUAA